CUUUGCAACGACAAACGUCUUCUUCAGUAUUGCUGGAGAGGGUUAUGGCAGAAUUUGAAGAGCAAGACGGGAAGCUAGGUGAACAUAAUAACAGAGCAUCAAAAAUAAAAGGUACGCAGUGUGCAUAUGUGGCGCAUAUGGGACUUAUUACAACAAGGAAACGGCAAAUUUGCACCGCAAGGACCAACAGCCCACUUCACUGAUGAGGUCCAAAGCAGCCGUCAGAUAGGAGUGACCUGCCCUCACCAAAAGUGCACAGCACGCCAGCAGAAGAACGGGCCUGCUCUCCCCUGUUCCCUGCAAGAUCCAAUCCUGUUGUCCACGUUUUCUGCUUGAGUUUGUCCCCGGGAUCAUUUAAAACUGUUUCUCCAACGCUUCUACCAAAAACUUAGACUGUUUUCCAAAGCAGAAUCGGCCCAGCCCUCCCAGGCGGAAGUAAUGGGGAGUGUGCGAAGCCACCGUUACAGCAUUGUGUCCUCUGAAGAAGACGGCAUGAAGCUGGCCACUAUUGCCGUUCCGAAUGGCUACGGAAACGGCAAUGUCAACAAGGUGCACACACAGCGCAAACAUCAGAGCCGCUUCGUCAGGAAGGAUGGCCACUGCAAUGUGCAGUUUAUCAAUAUGAGUGAGAAAGGCCAGCGGUACCUGGCAGAUAUCUUCACCACCUGCGUGGACAUCCGCUGGCGCUGGAUGCUGCUCGUAUUCUGCCUUUCCUUCCUGCUGUCAUGGUUAUUUUUUGGCUUUGUCUUCUGGGUAGUGGCCCUCUGUUACGGAGACUUAGAGAAUGAGACUCAGAUGUGUGUUUCCAAUGUAGACAGCUUCACCGCUGCCUUCUUGUUUUCAGUGGAGACCCAAACCACUAUUGGCUAUGGUUAUCGCUAUGUGACGGAGGAGUGCCCCGUUGCCGUCUUUGUGGUCGUCUUCCAAAGCAUUGUGGGCUGCAUCAUCGAUGCUUUCAUUAUCGGUGCUGUCAUGGCCAAGAUGGCCAAGCCCAAAAAGAGGAACGAGACCCUGGUGUUUAGCCAUUAUGCUGCAGUGGCCAUGAGGGAUGGUAAACUUUGCCUGAUGUGGCGUGUGGGGAACCUAAGGAAGAGUCACCUGGUGGAGGCCCAUGUCAGGGCCCAGCUACUCAAGUCUCGCACCACCGCCGAGGGAGAGUUCAUACCUCUAGAUCAGGUAGACAUUGACGUAGGCUUUGAUAGUGGCAUUGACAGAAUCUUCCUGGUGUCUCCUAUCACCAUUGUGCAUGAGAUUGAUGAGGACAGCCCGUUCUAUGAGAUGAGCAAACAGGAGUUGGAGACGUCAGAGUUUGAGAUCGUGGUGAUUCUGGAGGGCAUGGUGGAGGCUACAGCCAUGACCACUCAGUGUCGGAGCUCCUACGUGGCCAGCGAGAUCCUCUGGGGCUACCGCUUUGAGCCGGUGCUCUUUGAAGAAAAGAACUACUACAAAGUGGACUACUCUCGCUUUGAAAACACGUAUGAGGUACCCAGCACACCCAACUGUAGUGCCAGGGAACUAGCCGAGAAGAAAUCCAGCGCAGCCAGCUCGAGGAACUCCUUUUGCUACGAGAACGAAGUGGCUCUCGAAAAAGUCGAGAUGGAGGAGGAGUUUGAGGAGGAGGAAAACAGGGAGGUGAGGGGUGUUAAGGCCGCUGCACUCGAGGACACAAACACAGAUGUGGUGUCAGAGACUGAAUGCAAUGUGGAUUCUUUGCCUUUAGAAUCAAGGCCUUUGACAGCAGAAUCACAAAUAUGACUGCAGGGUUAAAAGAAGGGUUAAAAACUACUUCAGUGUAUGUUAAAACUAUUGCAUUUGAUCCUGUUGUUUAUAAUGCAUGACAGUUUGUGAAAAAAAUGUGAUUUGAGUAUGAAGUUCUCUUUGCAGAUGAUCACGCACAAGACACCAUGGGAAUCCAGACAUGAUAUAUUUUUUAUGGUGAUAAAUGAACUGGUUGCAUGGAGCUAUAGAGAUAAAAUGAGUUGGAUGCCUUCACUUACACACUGUGCAGUCUGCCCUACUUAUUUAGUAGAAUAGCCAAUUGGGUUCUGAAAAAAAUAUUGUUUCCUAGAAUAAUACAGUCUCUAAUUUAUUAAGUGCAUACUCCCAGUUUGCACAUUUUGCAUUGAACAUGCUGGGAAUAAUAGGUAUUUUUUUUAGGCCUAAACAUCCCAUAAGGUUGUAAAUGGCUAAAAUAAGUAUUUAUUUAUAUUACAUUUAAAAAAAAAGAGAUUUGUUUUGAAAUGCUGACGGCAUUUGAACUUCAAGAAUCUUGUUUUAAAGACUACUAAAAACAUUUUGACCAGUUAAACAACCUGCACAAAGGCUACUGUUUGUUAAUGAGCUGGUCUCUUAGCAAAGUAUAUUUACUGUCCUCUUCAGUGUGGUGGUCUUGGUGUGGCUCGCCUCGCACAGAUUACGAGCACAAGUACAUUGUGCUCCACAGGCCCAUCAUUGUCUACGUAUAGCAUCUUUUGCAAUGUGUGCCUUAACAAAAGUCUCAGUUCCGGUGGAGGCACACACUGCAAUAGAUGUUACAGGAAGAAGGGGAUUCCCUGUGCACUAUACUGCCACUCCUUGCUGGUAUUCAUGUUCUAAUGGUCAGUGGUAGAACGUGACAGGAAGCUCAACCCUGAGCCAAGGUUAUGAAUGUUGAUGAUAAGUGCUGCUAAGUUACAUAUUGUAUGUUUAGAGGGAAACCCACGAGCCAAAAUGUAUUAUUUGUCUUUUGAAGUAUCCAUUUUGAAGAUUGCAAAUGCAGCCUAUAAUGUUAUUUAUAGAUAUAGACCAGCAUGAUUCUGUCAGUGUGUUUUCCAAAGCUUUAGCGCACUUUUUUCCUCACCAGAGAAUUUGUUAUUUCUGAACAAACCCUUGCUUUCUUAAGAUCACGUCUGAUUGAUAUUUCAGUCACACAAUGUAGCACACUUGACUUCAGUCUUACACAAGAUUGAGCUUUCAUGUUUUUUAACUGUAAUUGUGACACAUUCAUGCUUGGAUCAGUGGAAGCCAGGACACUGUACUGCUUCUAGUAAGUAUUAUUUAAACUCAUUUUUAAAAACAUUUUACAUUUAAACAUUUGAUCUGUUCUCACAUUGACACUUCUCCUGUCUUAGGUCUUUAUUUUUCUACCAGGGUCAUCUUCCCACCUUCCUGCACAAACCAG